AUGAAACCAAUGUCAGUUAUGUCCAAGUUCCCCAUCUCCGCGCUACCAGUGGCGUCUCCGUCGCAAUUACUGAUUCAUCGUCUCAAUCCUGACACACACACACCAAGUCCCUUUACUUUCCGCACAAAUGUCCUCACAACUUCUCCAAGCCUUCAACGAAGAGCUAGACUUCUCUCCCCGCCUUGCCACUUCUCAUAUGUCGCCCCAUUCCCUGUUGCCUUCCCCUACGACAUUGAGCCGGAGAUUGGCUCUAAUCCAGCUACGGAAGACAAGGGCGCAUACAUAGAAAAAUGGCUGGCCGACCGUGAAGCAGUCAAUCUCAGCCCACCAAACCCUCAUCAUCCCAACGCCCCGCUCCGGAAAUACCUCCCAAACAACAGAGACCAGCCCCUGGAGCUCAUCGGCCUGUCAGAAACGGGUUUGAGGGACUGCGUUCCCCACCUCGAUGUUGGAGACGCCUUUGCUGUACUUGGUAACCCUACUUUAACAGAUGAGUUUAAUGAGGACGGCGAUGGCGAACCCUCGGGGGUGGAGGAGGCUGUUAAGGCGCGACAGGAUCUUAUCGAUGUUCUCAGUGGUCAUGCAACCUUGAUGUCACCCCCAGAAGUCACUGAAGGCGGUUUCGCGCCUUGGUCUCUUCGGUAUAGUGGUCACCAAUUUGGUUCAUGGGCAGGCCAGUUGGGAGACGGACGUGCCAUAUCCAUUCUUGUUACCCCGCACCCGUCUGACCCCAACGUUACUUAUGAACUUCAGCUCAAGGGGUCUGGUCGGACGCCAUUUUCUCGGAGCGCAGACGGGCUCGCUGUACUCCGUUCUUCCAUUCGCGAGUAUCUUUGUUCAGAAGUUAUGCAAGCCCUCGAUAUACCUACGACACGGUCUCUGUCCCUUAUCUCCCUUCCUGCUCUGCCGGUGGCUCGCGAGCGAGUGGAAACUGCAUGCGUUCUCACACGCAUUUCACCCUCUUUCAUUCGUAUCGGCUCCUUUGAAGCACUGAAUGGCCCCACCAAUAUGUUCUUCUUUGGAGGUGGACAGCAGAAACCAGACUUGGAUGCCUUGCGUAUUCUUGGCGAGUGGGUCACGGAACAGGUACUUAAGUUGCCGGUUGAAAAAGGGAAGCCUUGGGGUUCCGAGCUUGUGCUGGAAGUUGCUAGGAGAAAUGCACAUAUGGUCGCUGGAUGGCAGGCGUAUGGUUUUAUGCAUGGAGUUAUAAAUACUGAUAAUGUGUCCAUUCUCGGACUUACCAUCGAUUAUGGCCCUUACGCGUUUAUGGAUGUUUUUGACCCAUGGCAUAUCUGCAAUCAUUCAGAUGAAGGCGGUCGAUAUGCAUACAAGCAUCAACCAAACAUGAUCAUUUACGCACUUCGUGCAUUGCUCAAUGCCCUCUCACCCCUCAUUGGUGCCGAAGCCGAACUUGGAACGGCUGUCUCCCCUGGCUGGGCUGAGGGAGUUGACCAAGAAAAAAUUAGCGAAUGGUCAAAGAAGGGUUUGGAGUUGAGAGAUGAAAUUGAUAGAAUCGCGCAGGAGACAGCCGCGGUUGAGUAUGGAAAGCGCCUACGGAAGCGACUCGGUCUUCGCCGCCAGGACCUGACAGACGAAUCUCAAAUAUUCAGGCCGCUGUUGGAGAUCAUGGAGACGCACAAGCUCGACUUCCACUCUACGUUCCGGACGCUAUGCGACUUCAAACCAGCACUGCUUGACCAAGUCGACGCAGACACCACGACAACAUCACCAUCGCUGGACUUGCACACAUACAUCUCGCGUGUGCUCAGCGUCACGCCCGAACCGAGCAAGGUUGACCAUGGAACAGCGACCAAGGAGCUGCUUGCUUGGCUGGAUACGUAUGCCAAGCGUAUUUCCAGUGAAUCCGAGCAAUGGGGUGAGGAUGCUGACAAGGAAAGAAAGCAGGAGAUGCGAUCUGUGAACCCUCGCUUUGUAUUGCGUCAAUGGGUUUUGGAGGAGGUAAUCGGGAAGGUUGAACGGGAUGCGGAUAGUGGAAAGAGGGUGUUGGCUAAAGUGAUGCAUAUGGCGUGCAAUCCUUUUGAACCAUGGGGUGGGGAAGGAGAGGAAGGAGAACUUGAUAAGGAAGAAAAGGAGGAGAGAGGAUAUUGCGGACUUGGUGAUCAAAAGAUGAUUGGUUUCCAAUCUACGAUGGCAACCCCGUCGCCGUUCCCAACAUCCCCAGAGAGCGUCGACAAAGGCAUCCUGCUCGCGACCCUUCCCAAUCUAUCAACCCCUCACUUUCUAGGUUCCGUCGUCACUGCUGCAGCAACACAGACGCGACAUAGGCUUGUUGUCGUUCUCUUUUCUCGCCAUUUUAACACCUCACACCGCCCCCGAGGCGGCAUUGGUACUCUGCUCGGGGACACUCAAACCCUCUCUCACACUGAUACAUGGGAUUCGGUCCAGCGAAUCCUUACCCUCGUCUAUGUCCAUGCGACGAAAGCUGCCCAAGCCCUUAACAAGGUCUUGAUGGACGUUGAUGUCCUGCUGAAGGGACUAGACGAGGAUCUGGAUCCACAUCUCGGAGAUGGGAUUGACAUCGUCUUCAGAGUCAGCGGGGAUUCAAUAGCUGUUCCGUUGCCCGAAUCGCUCUCGGAUACUCGACAAUGCUUCUUGCCCGCAGGCGAUCGCAACCCCGAUUUCCGGGAGUUCAGCACAACGGGAUCACCCGCCGCCUCUGGAUUACCUGCAAAACCGCAUUUCUAUCCAGUCGUGGCACUUGGAGGAACAUUUGACCACCUCCAUGCAGGGCACAAGAUCCUCUUGUCGAUGGGUGCUUGGAUCACGGAGGAAAAGUUGAUUGUGGGCGUUACAGACGAUGCUCUUUUACAAAAUAAAGCGAACAAACACGUCAUUGAGAAACUGCCUCAACGCAUCGAGCGAGUACGCAGCUUCUUGACAUUCUUCAAGCCGGGACUGGUUUACGAUAUCGUGCCACUCUGCGAUGUCGCUGGACCAACUGGAUGGGAUCCCAAUGUUCAAGGCUUGGUAGUCAGCAAGGAGACCUUGAGUGGCGCGGCCGCAAUAGCGGAACUUAGGAAGGAGAAAGGUUUCCCUCCCUUAGAAGUAUUCGUUAUCGACGUCAUUUCUUCCACAUCGCCUAAUCUAACUCAUCACGACGCUGGUUGGUUGAAGAAAACCAAACUUAGUAGUACGUGGAUCCGUGAGUGGAUUGUCAACCACAGUAAGCAAGAAGAGGAGGAAGACGAAUAA